GGGGAUCAUAAUCGUCAAGUUACGCCGUGGGCAAGAACUGAGGCUAAGGGCAAUAGCCAGAAAAGGGAUUGGGAAAGAUCAUGCUAAGUGGUCGCCUGCUGCUACUGUAACUUUCAUGUAUGAGCCUGAGAUACACAUCAACGAGGAUUUGAUGGAAACUUUGACUCUUGAGGAGAAACAAGCUUGGGUCGAGAGCAGUCCUACUAGAGUAUUUGAUAUUGAUCCUAAUACCCAACAGGUCAUAGUGGUUGAUGCUGAGGCUUAUACGUAUGAUGAUGAAGUGAUCAAGAAAGCCGAGUCUAUGGGGAAGCCAGGGCUUGUUGAUAUCCGUGCAAAAGAGGACAGUUUUAUAUUCACAGUUGAAUCUACUGGUGCCAUUAAAGCUUCUCAGCUGCUUAUGAAUGCCAUAGAAGUUCUGAAACAAAAAUUGGAUGCAGUUCGUCUGUCCGAGGAUACUGUGGAAGCUGAUGAUCAAUUUGGUGAACUAGGAGCUCAUAUGCGAGGCGGAUAAGACGGUUAGCAGUAGGAUAAACUGAUACAUUAAUCACUGUUGAUUAAUAUUUAACUAUAUGGAACAUGUUUAUACACUGUACUACCUGCAUUACCCUUUUCUACUAGUUAGUGUCUUGCAAACUGAGUGGCUGCUUGAUUUGUAUUUUUAUUUCAUGUGCAAAGUUAGGCUCUUUGGUUAUUGCUACAUGAAAUUUUUUUCUAAAUUGAUAUAUGUUUAUGUAUGGAAUUUAUUUAUGAAAAUAUGUAUAGUAGUGCUAAGAUAAACAAGUUGUAUUA